AUGCAUUGGCGAAAGAGGUUUUCGACUUGUCUGGUUUCCGUCCUGAUAUGUGUUACCUUGCUGCUGUACCUCUAUCGAGGGUUUCUUCUGAGCUCGGGGGACAUUCUCAUCAGGGCGUUGCACAUACCGAUGAAUGAGCCCGCUACAAAGACGCCGCUCUUGCACGUUUCAAACCUGGGCAACCAGUCAUCCCCACGAAAUGAUUCCGCCAUCAUCGCCCUCGUGCGGACCGAGGAGCUGGAGGGGAUGAUCUACUCCAUGCGCCAGAUGGAGGAAAACUUCAACGCCAAGUUUGGAUAUCCCUGGAUUUUCUUCAACGACCAGCCCUUCACCGAAGAGUUCAAGCGCCGGACUCGAUUGGAAACACGAGCGCCAUGUCUUUACGAGCAGAUCCCGUCCGAGCAUUGGGAUAUACCCGGCUCCGUGGACGCGGACAAAUUGACCAAACACAUCCUCGACAUGAAAUCGCGUGGCGUCAAGCACGCGUCGGACCUGAGCUAUCACCAAAUGUGCCGCUGGUACUCGGGCUUCUUCUACAAACACCCUGCCCUCGCGCACGUUCGGUACUACUGGCGGGUUGAACCCUGGAUCAAGCUCUUUUGCCCCAUCGAGUACGACGUCUUCCAAUACCUGUCGGACAACGACAAGGUCUACGGCUUCACCAUCAACAUCUACGACGACCCGCACACUCUGCCCUCGCUGUGGCCCGAAACACUCGACUUCAUCGCGCAGAACCCGCACCACCUCGGCCGGCGCAACGCGUGGAAAUGGCUGACCGACAGCACGCACAGGCCCGAGGUCAACCGGCGGGCCAACGGCUUCAGCACAUGCCACUUCUGGAGCAAUUUCGAGAUUGCCGACCUCGACUUCUGGCGGGGGGAUGCGUACGACUCGUACUUCCGCCAUCUGGACCGCGCCAACGGGUUCUUCUACGAGCGCUGGGGGGACGCGCCCGUGCACAGCAUCGGCGUGGGGUUGUUCGAGAACAUCUCCCGGAUUCACUGGUUUCGAGACAUCGGCUACCAACAUACCGUCUACGCCAACUGCCCGGACUCAGACCGGUGCAACGGCUGCGAACCCAACAAGUUCGCCCCCGUCGCUUUCUGGCUGAAUCAAGAGGACUGCCGGGUCAACUGGCUCGACCAGGUCUGCCAGGACAGUGCCAUGGAACACGGCUAUCUGUGUCCAGAACGGAAGAGAGAUCAGUGA